CUAGCCAAUCGGCUUCUGUUCGCGGGAACGUGUUAGACCUAGUCAGAGUGAGGGCCUGCCGAACAAGGCCCUAUUUUCGUUGUCCUUGAAUUUAAAAGCUGCGCUACGCACUUCCAGCGAGGAGUUUUGCCGGAUUAUGCGCUAGGGUUUCCUCCCUUGCGUUUAUCCUCCCACGUGUAUGGAACUCUCACUGAAUAUUAGUCUCUAAGUGGAUUAGGUCCUUGACUCCUGAUCACCAAUACAUUCUUGAGGCGCCUCAAAGAUCACCAAGACGAUCAGAUUGUUCUGUGCUGGCGAUACUUCCGUACCGUGUAGCCCCUCGAUAGCCGUCGAUCGUAUUCGAAGAUGGACGGUUCAGAUGACUCGGAUGUGGAUUUCGGCACGAUGGUCAUGAAGCCCGGCAGCCGCAGGCCGCCACAGGAGCCGUCCGAUGAAGAAUCGGACGGUGAUGGCGGCGGGGAUUUCGGAACCAUGGUGAUGAAACCCGGAAGCAGACGAGACGGCGGAAGCGCCGGCGGCGGCGGCGGCGGCGGCUGGCGUGGGGGAGGUGAUAAUAAAGGGGGAAGCUAUAACGGGGAUAGUGACGAGGAAGGGGGAGGGGAUUUCGGGACGAUGGUGAUGCGGCCACGUGGCAUGCGAGGAGGCGACGAUGACGGGAGCGGGGUGGAAUCGGACGGUUCAGGAGGAGGGGAUUUCGGAACCAUGGUGGUGAAUCGAGGAAACAGCGGGAGAGGCGGGAGACGGGACGAGGAGGAGGAGGAAGACGAAGACGAGGGGGACAAUAACGGGGAUUUUGGGACAAUGGUGGUGAGCAGAGGGGCGGGAAGGCGGAAGGGGGGAAGAGAGGAGGAGGACGAAGGGGAGGAGAGCGAGGAAGGAGAUUUUGGAACGAUGGUGGGAAAGGGGGGAAGAAGGGGAGGAGGGGGAGGGAGAGGAGGGAGGAGGAGAGAGGAGGAAGAGGAGGAGGAGGAGAGUGAUGAGGAUGGGGAUUUUGGAACGAUGGUUGUGAGUAAAACGAAGGGGGGGCGACAGGGGAAGAGGAGGGAGGAGGAGGAGGAGGAGGAGGAGGAGGAGGAAGAGAGUGAGGGGGAUUUCGGCACCGUGGUCGUGAGCAAAUCGGCCCGGAAAAAGGGGCGUCGGCAGAAAGAGGAGGAAGAGGAGGAGGAGGAAGAGGAAGGGGAGUUUGGAACCAUGGUGGUUUCCAAACGGCGAGGCCGAAACGAUGAUGAUGACGACGACGACGAAGAGGAGGAGGAGGACGAUGAUGAUGAUGACCAAUUCGGUACCAUGGUGAGGGAGGAGAAGGACGGGACGGGGUCGCUGGCAGCGGCGGCGAGGAGCAUGGCGGAGCACAAGGACGUGGCGCCCAAGGCCAAGAAGGGCGGCGGGGGGGGGGUGGCGGGGUCCAGUAUCCACGUGUCAAGGGAAGACCCCACGCUCAAAUACGAGCUGCUGGAGGAGCUAGGCAAGGGCUCAUACGGCUCAGUGUACAAAGGGAGGGAUCGGAUCAGCUCGGAGCUAGUGGCGAUUAAAGUCAUCUCUUUGGCUGAAGGGGAGGAGGGCUUUGAGGAGAUACGGGGCGAGAUAGAGAUGCUGCAGCAGUGCAACCACCCCAAUGUCGUGCGAUACUACGGCAGCUACCAGGGGGACGACUUUCUCUGGAUUGUGAUGGAGUACUGCGGUGGGGGCAGUGUGGCCGAUCUGAUGAACAACACGGACUCGCCGUUAGAGGAAGGGAUGAUCGCAUACGUGUGCCGGGAGUCCAUCAAGGGCCUGGCCUACCUGCACGAGAUAGGCAAGGUGCACCGCGACAUCAAGGGCGGCAACAUCCUGCUCAGCGACUCGGGGGAGAUCAAGCUGGGGGACUUCGGUGUGGCGGCCCAGCUUACGCGCACCAUGUCGAAGAGAAACACAUUCAUUGGCACGCCCCACUGGAUGGCACCGGAGGUGAUCCAGGAGAGUCUUUACGAUGGCAAGGUGGACGUGUGGGCGCUGGGCAUCACUGCUAUUGAGAUGGCCGAGGGCCUACCUCCGAGAUCCAACAUCCAUCCCAUGAGAGUGCUCUUUAUGAUUUCAAGAGAGCCCUCCCCCACAUUAGAGGACCCUGAGAAAUGGUCCCUUCUCUUCCACGAUUUCGUGGCCAAGUGUUUGAUCAAGGAGCCGAAGCAGCGCCCCACCACCCCCGCGCUGCUGCACCACAAGUUCAUCGAGCGGUGCAAGGACACAGCGGUGGUGCUGAAGAAGCGCAUUGACCAGGCCAAGUCGAUGAGGGAGGAGGCCAAGAAGCAGCGGUUAGCGGCUGCAGCUUUGGAAGAGCAGAACAGCGUGUCCGAGGAUUCCAUGGGCACAGGCACCAUGCGGCAGAGGGGCGACGCCAUGGGAGGGACAGUUAAAGCCCGCUCUGCUCCAUCUGCAUAUACUGACGACGAUGACACUGAUUUCGGCACGUUUGUCAACAAGGAUUCCGACUCUGCUGACGAGGCAAUGGACACCGGCACCAUGCGUGUCGCCCGGUCAGACGAGCCGUCCGCCAAGUCAGCAGCUGCCACGUCAGCAGCAGAGGGGGUAGAGUCGUCUGCAGAUAACAUCGGGGCGGCACUGGCAGCCAUGGGAGGGCAGCGCAAAGCGAAGCCCGCACAAGCCAGGUCUGCCCCUCCUCGCAAGUCGGAGCGACCCCCCAUCCCCCCGAAGCAAGCUGCAGUAGCGGGGAUGGAGCUCGAGGCGAAGAGGCGGAAAGGCACGGACUUUUUCGCGGGGGCGCGUCAGGCGAUGGAGGAUGGGACGAGACAGGCCAUGGCUGACAGCACCAAGCCCGCUCAGCGAGCCAGUCCGGGAUUGCAGGAUAAGCUAUCAGCGGUGUACGCAGCCGGCAACACUGUUCCCAUCCCCUUCCUCCGAGCGUGCGACAUCUCCCCCCUGGCUCUCAUCGCAUCAUCGGGCCCCGACGGGGCUCCCUUUGACCAGUGUGGGCUGGAAGCGAUUCAGGAGCUCUCAGGGAGUGGUGGAUUGGCGGGGAGUAAGGGCGCUAGACGAACCCCUGCUGCUGAGGUUCCCCUCCCUCCCAGUGUGUACCGCAGACUAGCCAACAGCACCACUCUUCCAAAUCUCGCCAGGGCUCUGGCCUAUCACAAACAGUGUUUGGACGAGAUGCCUCUACAAGGGUGGCAAGUAACGCAAGAAAAGGCCAUCAUCCACAAUCUCUCAGACACUAUCCGAACCAUUCUCCGCCUCUAGCCGCUCUGUUCAACCACUACUCGCGGAUACAGCUGUUUUGCGGUCCAUUUGCUUUUGAGGCGCCUCAAAAGCUACUCGUGGAUACAGCUGUUUUGCAGUUGAUUUGUCCCUUUUUUUUUUGUAGAUCUUGUUCAUCUGUUUAUUUUGCGCAUGGUGGACAUAUACAGUACGGUGACUGAUUAUGGAUCAAGGCCCUUCUUUACUAGUUUAUUAUCACCAUCCUGGUGAAACCUGCUCUGCA